AUGCUCCUUUCUCUCUCUUCUUGCGAUUCGCUGUCUAACGAAACUAGGCCACGAAAUGAAAUGACAGGCGUGCAAAAAUCUCAUGAUUCCCCAGCCGUUGAUUCUGCCACACUUCGCGAUAACACAUUGAUGGCCAUCGCCGAGGCUAUGGAACUCGAGAACUCUGAUGUGGCAGGGGAGACAUCACAGGACGACCAAAUGGGCCAAGCCGAGCGUCGACAGAUUAGCCCCAGCCAGAUCUCUGACCUUUCGAGACAUGCCGCCUCUACCAUUUUCAAUGGGGCUUCUGCAGGCGUCAUGUCGUGGGCGACUAGCGUUGGUAAUGCUAUGUCCACCGGUCAUCCCCUUGUGCCGCGCUCCGGGAGGGAGAGGAAAGCGAAAGCGACCGCAACCCCUACUCCUACUCCUUCAGCUUCUGGUACUGCUACCGCUUCGAAUUCUGCCCAGGCUACUGCAUCUCAUAACUGUAACUGUAUUAGUGCCUGUGCCAGCGAGGACGGAAAGGCUACUCAGAUGGGGUGCAUGAAGAAAUGUUCAAGCGAGUGCGAUGGUGACGACGACAAGGCAAAGAAGAACGAUCUUCUCAAGUCUCUCUUAGGAGGUCUCGGUGGGAGGAGCAUCCCGGUACCACCUCCCAUGCCUCCCCAUCGCAAGUUCACCCACCCACGUCCAGCCAAGACCGUACAUGAAGCCGCCGGCGCAGGGUUCGAGGACUUCGAGGCUUGCAUGAACAGCUGCAAGACUCGCAACUGUCAGCACUCUGAAGUCGGACUCGCUAUCUCGCAGUGUGGCGACACCUCAUGCGAAGACGCAUGCGCCAAGUUCAAGUCGUCCAAGUCUAGAUACAGCAAGAGCAUUAGCAAGAGCAUUGAGAAGAAGCAUGUUCGCCCUGUCGCCGACCGUGUGAAGGCUGACGCGCCGCUCCCUAAGCCAAAGAAGCCUGUAUUUGCUGCCCAACACAACGAAGAUUUCGAGCACUGCAUGAAGAAAUGCCAAAGCCACAACUGCCAACAUUCGGAGGUUGGACUCGAUAUCUCUCAGUGUGGUGAUACCUCGUGUGAGGAGUCUUGCGCCAAGUACAAGGGAGGACAGGCUAUGAUCAUCACUAGGCAGGCUAGGCGCCCUGGAAAGACUGGCGACGUACCUGACGUGCCUGACGUGCCCGAUGUUCCCACCGUCCCUACCGUCCCUACUGUCCCUGAAGUACCUCCUACCCCCGAGGUCCCUGCCGUCCCUGCCGUCCCUGCUGUUCCCGCCAUCCCCGAAGUUCCGGAAGUCAAAGGCGGGCCCAUCAAGGCCGCUACCGCUGCCCCUGCUUCCGCCCCCGCUACUCACCGCGUACCUCAGCACCGCAGACCCUCCCACGGCCCCAAAUCCGUCCCCAUCAAAGGCGCUGCCCAAGAAGGUGACUACGAAGCCUGCAUGAAGCAAUGCAAAACGCACAACUGCCAAAAAUCCGGCGUUGGCCUCGACAUCGAGCAAUGCGGCGAAACUUCCUGCGUCGACGCCUGCGCGUCGUUCAAAGAGUCCGCCCACGCCGGCGUCAGCGCGCAUAAAGUCAAAGUCCCCUCUGCGCCCGGCCGUCUGGCAGACCAUCCCGGCCCCGACCCCCCCGUUGUCAAGACGGUGCCUGAGGCCAGCAUGCACGAGAGCAAGGAGUUCCAGGACUGCGUGAAGGAGUGCAAGACGCAUAACUGCCAGAAGGCGGAUAUUGGACUGGAGGUCUCGCAGUGUGGUGAUACGUCGUGUUCUGAGUCGUGUGCCUAUCUUAAGGAAGGUAAGGCGGCGCAUAUUGCUGGUGCGCCGAGGGCUAUGGAUACUGCCGCUGCGGAGAUGGGGAUGGAGAUGGAGAUGACGACUGCGGCGGCGCCUGCGUUUACGCCCAUGCCGAUUUCGCCUUAUGUUUAA